AUGAGCCACUCUCUCUCUCCACCGCCUUCCUCCGCCGGAGACGGCGGAGACAUCGAUAUACCCGACCCAUGGUACGGAAGCAUCCAAUACCUCUUAAACAUCUCAACAAUUGGUCUCUUUUUUUGCAUCUUCAUCUUCCUCUUCGCCAAGCUCCGCAGCGACCACCGCCGCAUGCCUGGCUUCUUCGCCCUAGCCACCAAGCUCCUUGCCGUGUGGCACGCUACCGGCCGUGAAAUCGCCCGCCAGUGCGGUGCUGAUGCUGCCCAGUUUCUUAUAAUUGAAGGUGGAAGCUUUGUUGUUGUUUUGUCAAUUGGGAUCUCAGCAAUUUGUGUUUUGCUUCCUUUAAAUGUGUAUGGGGGGAGUCAAGUUAUAAACGAUGAGUUUUCAAAGACUACUAUUAAUCAUAUUGAGAAAGGUUCAAGCUUGCUUUGGAUUCAUUUUGUUUUUGUUGUUAUUGUUGUGCUUUUAGUUCAUUUUGGUAUGUCUUUGAUUGAAAAGAGGCAUAAAGUUACUAGAUUUAGAGAUGGGAAUGGGAAUUUAAGUGACCCAAAUGCCAAUUCUACAGCCAUUUUUACUAUUAUGGUUCAAGGAUUGCCUAAAAGCAUAGGAGAUGAUAGGAGGGUUUUACAAGAGUAUUUUCAAUAUCGGUAUCCCGGCAAGGUUUAUAAGGUUAUUGUGCCUAUGGACUUGUGUGCAUUGGAUGAUUUAGCGACUGAAUUGGUUAGAGUUAGGGAUGAAAUUACUUGGUUGGUUGCAAAAAUUGAUUCUCGGCUUUUGCCGGAAGAUAAUGAGGGUGGUGGUGGUGGAGAUGGGUUUUGGGAGAAGUUGAGAGGUGGGGUGGUUUGGCUGUGGAGAAAUGUGAAGAAUUGGUGGGAUAAGAUGAUGGAUAAGUUGGGGUAUACGAAUGAAAAGAAGUUGAGGAGAUUGCAGGAAUUGAGGGCGGAUUUGGAGACGGAGUUGGCAGAGUAUAAAGAAGGUCGUGCACCAGGUGCUGGAGUUGCGUUUGUGAUAUUUAAGGAUGUUUACACAGCUAACAAAGCAGUUCAGGAUUUUCGGAAUGAAAAGAAGAGGCGUUUUGGCAAGUUCUUUUCUGUCCUGGAGUUGAGGUUGCAGAGGAACCAAUGGAAAGUUGAACGAGCUCCACUGGCAGCAGAUAUUUACUGGAACCAUUUGGGGUCGUCAAAGUUGUCGUUGAGGUUGAGGAGAUUGUUUGUGAACACAUGCUUGCUGUUAAUGCUUCUAUUCUUCAGUUCUCCUCUUGCUGUGAUAAGUGCUUUUAAUAGUGCUGGCCGAAUUAUUGAUGCAGAAGCAAUGGAUAAUGCGCAAUCAUGGUUGGACUGGGUACAGAGUUCCAGCUGGUUUGCAUCCUUAAUCUUCCAGUUCCUGCCGAAUGUUAUUAUAAUUGUCAGCAUGUAUAUAAUAGUUCCAUCAGCUCUUUCUUAUCUGUCCAAGUUUGAACGUCAUCUAACUGUGUCUGGGGAGCAAAGAGCUGCGCUUCUGAAGAUGUUUUGCUUCUUCCUUGUGAACCUCAUUCUGUUGAGAGCACUGCUUGAGUCUUCUUUGGAAGCUGCAAUCCUGAAGAUGGGUAGGUGUUAUUUGGAUGGAAAAGAUUGCAGGAGGAUUGAGCAGUACAUGAGUGCAUCAUUUCUCUCAAGAUCUUGUCUCUCUUCACUUGCAUUUCUAAUCACAAGUACUUUCUUGGGGAUAUCUUAUGAUCUAUUGGCUCCCAUCCCUUGGAUAAAGAAGAAGAUUCAGAAGUUUCGGAAGAAUGACAUGCUCCAGCUGGUGCCUGAGCAAAGUGAAGAGUACCCAUUGGAAGGUCAAGCCAUAGAUACUCUUCGGAGACCACUGAUGCCUGAUAAUGUGUUUGAUUCUCCCAGGUUGAAUGGAAUUGAUGAAGAGGGACAAGAUCUCUAUGUGUAUCCAAUGAGCAGAACCUCUCCCAUUCCUAAGCAGACAUUUGAUUUUGCUCAGUAUUACGCAUUUAAUUUGACAAUAUUUGCGUUGACCUUGAUAAAUUCAUCAUUUGCUCCGCUUGUGGUCCCUGUUGGUGCCGUUUAUUUUGGGUAUAGGUAUGUGGUUGACAAGUACAACUUUCUGUUUGUAUAUAGAGUCCGGGGGUUUCCGGCUGGCAACGAUGGGAGGUUGAUGGAUACUGUAUUGGGUAUCAUGCGGUUCUGUGUUGAUCUAUACCUCCUAUCGAUGCUUCUGUUCUUCUCAGUUCAAGGCGAUUCCACGAAGUUGCAAGCUAUUUUCACACUUGGAUUAUUAGUAAUGUACAAAUUAUUGCCUUCUGAUAGUGAUAGUUUUCGACCAGCUCUUUUGGAAGGUAUACAAACUGUUGACAGUAUUGUAGAUGGACCCAUUGAUUAUGAGGUAUUCUCACAACCCAGGUUUGACUGGGAUACAUAUUGUUCAUGA